CUGUACCUUCGCACCAUCCGUCCCAGCAAUCGCGCUCACCUGCAAACAGCCAUCAACAUCUCUCAUCAUGCUAUGCCGCAACCCAGCAGGAUGCGUAACAACGGUCUUGGCUUUAUUACGUUCCGCCCGUAUUUUGAUGCUCCUUCCUAAGGCGGAUAGUGAGCACCAAGCGUGGCGCUGGCUAGAAUGCUUACCUCUCGGGCCAGCUAACCCAAUACGGCCAGCCGUAGAACAAUCACCUUCGAUGGAGUUUCGACCAGGUCCAAAGCGUCCACACCCCGCGCGUGCUAAUUAAUGAACACCAUAUUUUCUGUCCAUCGGUGCGGCGACUUGCGACAGUUACGUUUCAUUGAAUCCAACUGUCACGGGUCGUCCUUACCUAGCUCUGUUCAAGGAGGA